GUUUCUGCGUCACCUUCUUUAAUUCUUCUUUUCCUCAUUUUCCCCAAUUCGGGAGGUUCAUUGAUCUAGGGCUCCUCACUAAAUUUGAAAAACCCUAUUUUGAUUUCUUCGGCUAUCACUGAAAGCAGUCUGGUGAAAAGGGCCUCGCUUGAUUGUGGGUUACAGGUUUUAUUUGUGUGGGUUCUUCUUCAAUGGCGAUCAUUGGAGACGCGUUGCGUCAAGCGUUUAUGCCAAAGCAAGAGUACGAGAGCCUAAGGGAAGAAGAUAGAGCCUGGAUUAAGCUUCAGAGGCCGACAUUAAUGUCGAUCGUGGCUUUCCUUUGCUUUGUCAUCUUCACUUGCACGAUCGUCAGCUUGAAAAUCGUAUUUCCUUCGAAUGUUCUUAAGAGGCCAUUUUGCAGCGAUGUGAAGCUACAGCCUUUGCCUAUGUAUGGGAAAGCUCGUGACUCCGAUCUGUUUCCCGGUGCUUUUUACUUGACGGAUCAAGAAACUGUCGAUUACUACUGGAUGGUCGUCUUUCUUCCCUCGACCAUAAUCUUCCUUGUAUCAUCUGUUUACCUUGUGGCAGGAAUUUUUGUGGCUUAUUCUGCUCCUCACCGUCAUCGGUUUCUGAAAGUAGUUGAAAAUAAUUACUGUGCGUCAAGAAGAGGUGGGGUUCGUUGCCUGUCAAUUCUGAAUAUUGUCUUUGCUAUCAUCUAUGGUCUCCUUGCUGUAUUUCUCGGCUCAAGCCUUCUGACACUAGGAAGCAGCUGUUCUGUCCCAUUGUUUUGGUGCUACGAGAUUUCUUCAUGGGGUUUGGUAAUCUUGUAUGCUGGAACUGCUUUCUUCCUGAGAAGAAGAGCCGUAUUAACUAUUGACGAAGGAGAAUUUGGGAACAGAAAUGAUCAGGGCUUGGAGAUGCUUGAAGCUAAUCCCUUGGAAUUCACACCAGAUGUUGAGAGACGGGUGAACGAGGGGUUCAAAGCAUGGAUGGGACCAUCUUUAUUAUCAUCUGAUGAAGAAGACGAACCUGAGUUUUACAAUGAAGUGCCCGAUGUAACUAAUACUCUUUUAAGCAGGCAAAGAUCUUAACUCUUGGAAAGAAGAAUUUGAUACGACACUUUCGUAAACCUCCUAAGAUGGUUGCGAGAUUGGGCUCACCAAAUUGUUGCCCCGGUGAUUCUCAGGUUUUUUUCAGUUUCUGCUGAUGUCGCUUAUGGACGGAUCAUAAGAAGAUUUAGAUUUGGAAGACAAAUUAGAGCAGUUAGGAUUAUUGUGGUUGUAAAUAUACAUACAGUCGAUCAUCAAGAUUGGGUUUAGUUCUUUCUUUUUAGCAGUCCAUGGCUGGUUUUGAUCGUUUACAUUGUAACAAUACAUUUUGACGGUACAAUGUCCUUAACAUGCAUUAAUCGCAUUAUAAAAGGAUUAUUACCAUAAA